AUGCAAUGUAGGAUUGUGCAGGAGGAGAAGGAUGACUUCUACAUCCGGUACACACAAACCGCGCGCGUGACAGAUUCCAGCUUUCAAAUAGUGAUUGCCUUCGGACCAUCCAAGCAACCCACCGGCUUGGACGAGCACGCGUCUGAAUUUCAAUCCCUCUUUGGCACGAACGCUGUAACAACGCCAGGUACACAGCAUGAACACAAGCGAGAUCUAAUUGCCAAUCCCAGUGUGGUCUUGACAUCUGCAGUGCACGAUCCUGCCAGGAGCCCCGUCUGCUCGUGUGUCCGGUCCCGGGUUUCGCGCAUGUGCUCGCAGCAGCACGCCAUGCAGACGUCGGACACGAGGACCGUCAGUGGUUUAUCAGGUGCCCCCAGUCCACCAGCUCAAGUGUCGCCGGUUGCGGAGCAGCUGCAGCAGCCAUUGCAGCCAGCAACCGUGCCAUUGCAGCAGGGGACUCGGGAGCAGAAGUCCACCGCAUCGGCCACUGCAACCCCAACGUCCUAUCCGCCCUGCAUCUGUGCAUACCUGGGCCUUGGCUCGUCUGAGUGCCAGUCGGCUGUGUGGGGUGUCUGCAACGGCAUGGACUUUCAGGACGCUAGGGGGCCGGCACAUGGAAGCCCCGGGGACUCCCCAGGGUUAGAUCUGAACCAUCAGGUCCUUGCAGCCGGUGCCGCUGGUGCUGGAAAAACUGGUAAAAGCGAAGACGCAGCUGGUGCCGUCAGCACCUCUAAUGGUGUUCUCAGGGACGAUGGUGGGGAUGUGAUCUGCUCUUUGGCCGCCACUUUCCAGCUCAAUAACGCCAGCAGCAUCCUCAGUGGGACCGCUCUUCGGGCUAUCUAUCGGCAACUUAGGGGGGCUUGCUUCCCAGGCGCUAUCACGGCCCCCUCCUACUGCAACUGUGCCGUGGAUCCUUUUUCUGCCAACUGCGCACUCUCCCUGACAAGCCUCUGCAGCGCAGGCGACCCGUUAUGCCGCCUGACCCUGGAGGCAUGGGAGGGACAGGCGCGCGCAACGGCCGUUCUGCGGACCUUCUUCAGCAGCACCUGCAGCGGGACGGACUCGGACGGCAGCGGCUUGGCUGCGGCGGGUUCAGCCGAGGUGCCUCUGCAAACCAGCGGCAACGGCACGACAAGUGGUGCCGUCGUGGUGCGAUUAGAGCUUCCUGGAGUUAAUCGCGCCAUGUUUGAAGAACGCUACCGCACCGCGCUGACAUCGCUGUUGGCUUCUGCGGCGGGUGUGCCCCCUGGGUCCGUGCUGGUCAGCAGCGCCAUGGAGUUGCCAGCCCUGCCAGCAAGCCUGAUGGUGCGGCCCGGUGGCCCCAACGCAGCAACAUCACCACCAACAGCAGACCCCCUGGAAGGCCGUGCCGCCGUCGGGGAUACCGGCUUGGGUGCGACUGGCUCCCAGCCCCGUGGAUGGCCACCCGGUGCCGUCUUCGGCGCCAAUGUGAAAACGGGCCCUGCAGCGGGGUUCGGCUUGGACGGCUCACAGAACAGAAAUGUUGUCCAUACAGGUGACGUUUACGGCGGUACUAAUAGUGGUGGUAGUGGCCUUCGUAACGUUGGUCGGCGGCGCUUGAUGCAGCAACCUGCGGGUGCAGAGACGGCGCAAGGCGGCCCUGCCAUAUCGCCGCAGGAUGGCCCUCGAGGCCGCUCUCUCUUGGUCACACUUACCAUUGCCGCGGAAAAGCCUGUCUUGACGGAGCAGCGGCUGAUGGCGGCCUUUGCAAAUGGGACGUGGCUGUCCGCAUUGCAUCUGCAGCUCGGUUUACCGUAUGCCGUGGCGUCCUUUACGACGGAGACUUACAUUCACAACGGUGCUAUUGGUGAUGGUGGUGAGCUUCCCGACGGCAACAGGACUAGUACAAUAACACCGCCGCCACAGUCGCCGGAUGUGUCCAUGCAGGGCCAGACGGACUGGGGUGAGCAAUCCAGCGGAACCCUGACGCAGCUUGGUAAUGCAACAGCUGCUGCAGGACCCAGCAGCAGUACCAUCCUAGCACCUGGUCUCCUGAAAGCAAGCAGCAGUCAUGAAGCCGCCGGCAAUGGUGGAGUGAGUUCCGAUGGCAAGGGCUUCAACGCUGAUGGGGUUAGCCGCGGCAAAACUGCCGAUGCUCCACCGUCACUGUUCAUCUUGCACACAGUCAUACCAAUAGUUGUUUCGGUGGUGGGCGGAUUGUUGUGCGCGGCUGCCGCAGUAGGAUUGGCUUUGUUCCUGCGUGGCAGGCAGCGACGCCGCCGCUCCUACAUCGUCUCAGCACGCUGGCAGGAGGGCACUAAGGACACCCCAUCGUCGUCAGCACCCGGGGAUUCCCUCUUUACAUCGGCAUCACAGGUUGUCACCGUGGCCGAAGGCAAGACAGUGGCAGCCCGGGGCAUAAAGCUCCCUGCGCCCAGAAUCCGUCACAGCGAUAGCCUUAAGCCGGUGUCUGAUUCCCCCAUUUGUGACUGUCAACCCUCUGAAUCUGGUGCCGUCGGGCCCAGCUGCGAGGCCGGCGGGUUCACGUUCCCUUCAUUGACACCCAAGGCCGCCGCCGCCCGAGCAGCAAAGAGGGCUGAAUUUGGUACAUCCCCAUGCCCGAACGAGGAUGUGCUACCGUCAAGCGCCUCGCUAGUGUCUAAUAGGCUGGCAGCCAGCGGUUCGGGCCCAGGGGGUGGUGCAUUGAGCACUGCAGAGGAUACUGAUGGCGAGCACCAGCUGCCCCAGGCGCCCGAUUCUCCGGUGCUAGGACUGCACCCGAUGCGGGCCCAGCCGUCAGCUAUCCUUGAGGCCACGAAGACUACUGGUCACGGGUCUGUUCCAUUGCCUCAGCUGCGAGGCAACCCGCUGGCGUGUAACAUCAUGUUACCCCGUUGGGACUCCGGCCUGUCCGGAACAUCCAACGUGAGCCACAUGGGCCAAAUGUCACCUUCAUGCGAUGUGUUUGCAGGGGCUACGCUGGACUGCGGUGCGGGGGCGUAA